UUACAAAAGCCAAGCAGGCUUAAGUCGUUAUGAAACAAUAGUUCAUUCACAUUAUAAUAUAUCUCGAACUGGACUUAUACCUCAACCACCCGAAGCAAUUAUUGAAUUCAAAAAUAUAUUGGUUCAUAUGAUACAAACCAAAUUAAAAAUUAGCAUACAACAAGUAGAACAACAAGUAAUUAUGAUACCAUAUCUUGAAAAUCAAUUUGUUGGUAUAUUUAAUAAAUAUAUCAAUCGAUAUUCACCAAGUCGUAGCUGGUACCAAUGUAUCUUUACAGGAAUUGGAGCUUAUGAAUAUUUAGGACAAAUUCUUAAUGAUGAAAAGUGGG